AUGCUAGACUUCUAUUUUUCUACACAAUGGGCUUCUGGGCUUCAAAUCAGCCCAAUAUCGAUUGCAUUGGCCCAAGACCUUUACCGGCAAAAUUCGUCCCUUCUAUUUUUGGCGCCAAGGCAGCUCCAGCGGAAAUUGGCUCCGUCGAUUUUGCCGCCGGAAAUGUAUUCAACCGCCCGCCAAACUACCCUAGUUGACUAUAAUCAACGUCAUUCGCCGUCGACGACCUCCAAAUCUUCCUUGCAACUAAUUCACUCGCGUAGAAUUGUAUCUGUUUCUCUUUUCGCUAAAAAUCAUCACCUUCCCAAUAGAUGCCGGCGAAUCCGUACCAUAUCCGGCAGACAUUUAUCUUCUCAUUCAUCGGAAUCUUCAAGCGACUAUGAAAAUCCGCUUAGUUGUGAUUCAACUCAUAAUGACUUUGUACUGCCGCCAGGUAAGCUGCUGUCCAGAAAUGUAACAUGGAUUGGGGUUGCCACUAUUACUAGCAAAGUUCUGGGGUUAUUGAGGGAAAUUGUUAUAGCUUCAGCUUUUGGCAUUGGUCCUGUAGUAACUGCCUUCAGGUAUGCUUCGGUGCUGCCUGGUUUUGCUGCAUCAGUUCUUGGUGGUGUUAAUGGCCCUAUUCACAUCACAAUGACAACUACAUUAAGGCUAGUUGCUAUCUCUGUAUCUGCUACUUUCUUGAUUGCUAAAGCUGAAUUCAGAGUGUUCUGCACUCUAACUGCUACAGAAUUAUGUUUACCAGGAGCCAAAGGCACCAUAUUCCUGUUGUCGCCAUAUUCAUCUAAAACAGCAGGAAGGUUGCGAUACUUGAAUUUUAUGUGUCGCUACUUGUGAUAACCCAGGAUUCCUUGUGCUGCAGCACCCACAUAACAUGACAAAUUAUGUAACAAAGAGUAAAUCCUCUGGUCAUUUACCUUCUUUCAACAUUGAAGUUCUUCUGGAUUAGACCUCGGAGACCAACAGGGUUAGUUAGAUAAAGAGCUGAAUAUUGAAUUUUUAGUCCUCUACAUACAUAAAACUUUAGUUUCUUUGUCGACGGGCAUGUUUAAUGCUUACCUAACUUGCUAAUGAAUGAUUCUGUGGGUAGAUGCAUAUCUUCAGACGUAAGUGCAUGUGUUGUAGACAAUGAUAUCUUGUCUUCUCUCAUGAUAACUAAAUCUACCUGAUAUUAAGUAUGAGUAGUGACACGUUCUGGACAAGGGGAAGCUAUAUGGUGACUUCCACAUUGUCCCUUUUUUAUCCUUUCUUUUAGUUGACCUUUAUCUUCAUUGCUACCUAAAGUUCUAUAAAAUUUUGAACCAACUUCAAAGACUUUUGAGCUACUUUCUCAGUAGUUAAGCUUUUCCAUUUUACCCUGUGACUUUGUAUGUGGGGAUUUCAGAAUCAGUUAAGGGAAAAAAUUUAGACGAAAGGUAUAAGAUUAGUAAGCAAAUGCUUGUGCUGUUCGGAGCAUGAUAAAUAAAGUAUUGAUCGCCUCUUUAUCAAGAGCGAGCUUGCUAUGGAGGUUUGGAACCAUUUUGAUUGUCUUUUCAAUAAAAGAUCCUUCCAAAUGGAUUCCAUUCAGUCCCGGCAGUUUAACAGAUCUCGCAGGAAAUCCCAAGAUGGCUAGGUCACGUCUAUGCUUGCUAUUUUUCAGUUUGGGAACUCUGGAGGGAAGGCAAUAGCAGUAAAUUAGGAAGCCCAAUAUCUCA